UCCAGAGGGUCGAAGCAGUGCGGUGCCGGCGACAGAGGCGAGGGCGAGGACGAUGACGCGCGGAGGACACCGAGCUCGGACCGCAGCGGGAUGGCGCGCCCAGGUCAGGAGGACCCCUUCCGCGCCCCCAAGUCGGUCUUGCUUUCAGGCCCACGAGUCUCCUCGCGACUCUAUGAAGUUCCGUCUGGACACGCCAGAGGGCGCCCGGGGGACGGCGGCGGCGCCGGGGAACCCGGGCCCGGCCGCGAGGAUCAGUCCUGCCCCGCGGGGUGGGCGGCCGAGGUCCGAGGCCAGACGGAGGCCCUGAGAAUCCGGACUCUGGGGUGUCGGGCGCUCGGUGGAGCCGGUUUCCGGGGGCUGCACGCUCAAGGAUUUGGAGUGGAGCGUUCGCAGACGCCGGGACGGCUCGGAUGCCGUCACCCCACACUCUCCCCUCUGUCCCCCUCCCUCCUCCCGCGUGGAGCAGGGAGGGGGCUGCUCCCGGGUCGCGUCUGGGGCGGGUCUCCGGGCCCUGGCCCUCCCGUGCCUCUGGCCGAGGAGAGGACACUUGAAAACCACCGUAUAAGGCGGGGAAGUGGGAGACUACUUGGGGGGGGUACGCUCCCCCCACCCCACUCCGGGCCGCCUUGGCUCCACCCCGGCCCCGGGCCCCGCCCCGGCCCGGCCGCACCGCCCACUCCCCUCGGCUGGGCCCGGAGCCCCGGGGGCCGCCGCCGCCGCAGCCCGAGCGCCCGCCAUGCGCGCUGCCCCCGCCGCCCCGCUGCUCCAGCUGCUGCUCCUGCUGGGGCCGCCGCUCCAGGUCACCGGCGUUGCGGAGCCUCCGCCGCCCAUCGUGGUCAUUGCCAUCCUGGCCCGCAAUGCCGAGCACUCGCUGCCCCACUACCUGGGUGCUCUGGAGCGGCUGGACUACCCCCGGGCCCGGCUGGCCCUCUGGUGUGCCACGGACCACAACGUGGACAACACCACAGAGAUGCUGCAGGAGUGGCUGGCCGCCGUGGGCAGUGACUAUGCGGCCGUGUUCUGGAGGCCCGAGGGGGAGCCCAGGCCCUACCCGGACGAAGAGGGCCCCAAGCACUGGACCAGAGAAAGGCACCAGUUCCUGAUGGAGCUGAAGCAGGAAGCCUUGGCCUUCGCCAGGGGCUUGGGGGCCGACUACAUCCUGUUCGCAGACACAGACAACAUCCUGACCAACAACCAGACGCUGCGGCUUCUGAUGGAGCGGGGGCUGCCUGUGGCGGCCCCGAUGCUGGACUCGCAGACCUACUACUCCAACUUCUGGUGCGGGAUCACGCCGCAGGGUUACUACCGCCGCACGGCCGAGUACUUCCCUACCAAGAACCGCCAGCGCCGGGGCUGCUUCCGGGUCCCCAUGGUCCACUCCACCUUCCUGGUGUCCCUGCGGGCGGAGGGGGCGGCCCAGCUCGCCUUCUACCCCCCUCACCCCAGCUACACCUGGCCCUUUGAUGACAUCAUCGUCUUUGCCUACUCCUGCCAGGCCGCUGGGGUCUCGGUGCACGUGUGCAACGAGCAGCGCUACGGGUACAUGAACGUGCCGGUGAAAUCCCACCAGGACCUGGCGGACGAGAGGGUCAACUUCAUCCACCUGGUCCUGGAGGCGCUGGUGGACGGCCCCCCGAUGCGGGCGUCGGCUCACGUGUCCCGGCCCCCAAAGAGUCCCACCAAGAUGGGGUUUGAUGAGAUCUUUGUCAUCAGCCUGGCCCGCAGGCCCGACCGCCGGGAGCGCAUGCUGAGCUCGCUCUGGGAGAUGGAGAUCUCUGGGCGCGUGGUGGACGCCGUGGAUGGCCGGACCCUCAACAGCAGUGUCAUGAGGAGCCUCGGUGUGGAAUUGCUCCCUGGCUACCGGGACCCCUACUCGGGCCGCACGCUGACCAAGGGCGAGGUGGGCUGCUUCCUGAGCCACCACUCCAUCUGGGAGGAGGUGGUCACCAGGGGCCUGGCCCAGGUCAUGGUGUUCGAGGACGACGUGCGAUUUCAGAGCAACUUCAAGGGGCGUUUGGAGAGGCUGAUGGAGGAGGUGGAGGCCCAGAAACUUCCGUGGGACCUGAUCUACCUCGGCCGGAAGCAGGUGAACCCCGAGAAGGAGGUGGCCGUGCCGGGGCUGCCGGGCCUGGUGGUGGCCGGGUACUCCUACUGGACCCUGGCCUACGUCCUGAGCCUGGCUGGUGCCCGCAAGCUGCUGGCCUCCCGGCCCCUGCACCGGAUGCUGCCUGUGGACGAGUUCCUGCCUAUCAUGUUUGACCAGCACCCCAACGAGCAGUACAAAGCGCACUUUUGGCCUCGGGACCUGCGGGCCUUCUCUGCCCGGCCCCUGCUGGCCGAGCCCACUCACUUCGCGGGGGAUGCCGAGUGGCUCAGUGACACGGAGACCUCCUCACCCUGGGACGACGACAGUGGCCGCCUCAUCAGCUGGAGCGGCUCUCACAAGACCCUUCGAGACCCCCGCCUGGACCUGGCCAGCAGCAGUGGGCACGGCCUGCGUCCCCACCCCAGGGACGAGCUCUAGGUCCAGGCGGUGACUCCAGAGGAGAACCUAGGGGGAGGAGGCCGGAGCUGUCCAGGGAGCAGAGCUGACGGUUGGUGGCAGGAGACGCCACCAGGAACCCCAGAGCCAUGGGAGACCUGGCUGCCGCCUCAGGCAUGGCCACUGUGCGCUCUGGUGCCACCUCUUGGUGGUAGAAACCAGAGAUGCGUCCCCUUCCUCCAUCUCCUCGUGGAAGCCCAAGGCUGGCUGGCCUUCUCCCCGGCCGGCCCGCCCACCUCACAGCCCGGCACGGGGGAAGGAGGGAGGCUCAGGCUGGGCCCUGCCCUCCCUGAGGACCCAGCUGCUGGGGCCCCUCCACCCCCUUCUACCUCCACCUCAGCCCACCCCCCGACCCCCGGCUCAAAGCCCGGGUCUCCCCUGCCAGGGCCCACGCCUUCCCUGGCCAGCGGGAAACACAAGGAGGUGGGCGGAGGACCGAGCGCCCAGUAGGUCCUCAAUAAAAUCCAGCUGGUGUUUGCACUUUAUAUUUUUUAA